AUGACGAGGAGAGUAGCUCGCAUCAUUGCCGCCAACCAAGGAUGGCUUCCUUUAAGCAGAGGAAGAGCUAGUGCAGUUGGAAUAGAAUCGACUGAUGCAUCACAUCCAACUACUUCUGUACCUUCCAUAUCUACGGAACGGGGGCUUUUGCAUGCUAAUACUCCAAUCAUUUCCUUCUCCGACAAGAAGCACAUUUCAGAGGUGCAAGCUCCUAAAAAAGCCAACUCGCUACUUUCAUCAUCAUCGCCGUUACAAGCUUGGUUACAGAGCUUCAGCACAUCCAACUACUUGGGCCUAAUGGAAUUGGAUCGCUCAGUCUUUGGGGUCAACCCAAUUAGACAAGAUUUGAUUCGUCGAGCUAUAGACUAUGAAUUGUCGUGGUUGGCCCAAGGGACAGAGUCUAGUAAGAAUCUAGGACAAGUUCGUGGUAGUACUGUGAAGAGGUUGACCCAAAAGGGGCGUGGUGCUGCUCGUCACGGCACAUUUAGAGCAAAUCAGAUGCGUGGUGGUUAUGCUGCUCACGGCCCACGUCCACACAUCCGCACUCUCGACAUCCCAGCCAAAGUAUACCAAGCAGGACUUCGAUCAGCCCUCUCUGUAAAGUAUCUGCAAGACCAACUACUAGUAGUUGACAGCCUCCAACUAGACUCACCAUCCAAGGUGGACUUGUUUGAGCGUCUCCAAGCAUUGAACAUAAGCGGCAAAUCAUGCUUCUUCCUAGUAGGCAGUGAUCAGCCAUCUACAAAUCUCAUUCAUGCGGCAGACAUGUUUGAAUCCGUCAGACUAGAUGACGGAAGUAAAGAACGGGCGUUGAUGGUUGCCAAUGUUAGACAUGUGACUGUUCAUCCACUGAUGGUGAAUGAAUAUGUCGUUGUUGAUAAGGCUGCUGUCGAGCAUUUCCGCAAGGACUGGCAAUUAAGAGUCAAAACUUGGUUUGAUCAACCAGGACGUAAAAACCGUAGAAGACAAGCUCGUGUACAAAAAGCUGCUGCUAUCGCCCCCAGACCCAUUGAUGGUCUAUUGAAGCCUGCUGUCCGUGGCCAAACCAUCAAGUACAACUCAAAAUUACGAUCUGGUCGUGGUUUCUCAUUGAUUGAAUUGAAGCAAGCUGGUAUUCGUCGCAAGGAAGCACGAACCAUCGGUAUCGCUGUAGACCACCGUCGCAAAAACAGAUCAGAAGAAGGUCUCGCCAUGAACGUAGAAAGAUUGAAGGCCUACAAGAGCCGAUUGAUUGUCUUCCCCAAGAAGGGCAAGAGGUCUACUGAAGUGACAUCCGCUACUCAACUCGCUGGACCAAUCAUUCCAAUUGUGCAAGUCGCCCCAGUGGUGGCAUUCGGCAAACUACCAGCUGGUGAACAAAAGGCUUAUGCCUUCAAGAAGUUACGUGUAUCUGCUACUGAUUUGAGGAUGAAGGGCAAACGUGAUGCCAAGGCUAAAGCAGCUGAAGAAGAAAGUGAAAAGUCAGGCAAGAAGAAGGAAUCUGAAUAA